AUGAGGCUCCUCGCUGGCCUCACAGCAGCGGCUCUGUCUGGGCUUGCGGCGGCCGCGAGCAAGCAGACUGCCGAUGUCUACAUUUUGACGGCCAACCAACAGAGCUCGAGCGAAACACCAAGCAUCCCCAAGGAGGUCGCGCGUCACAUAUUGCUUCAGAGAGCAUCGAGACAACCAUACGGCAGUGACCUGCGCGACAUCCCUAGCUCAACCGACACCGAGACCGCUGUCAGCCACAUCGCGAGAUUCGGCACCGGCCCGGAGCCCCUCUUCUCACAGUCCGACAAGACCAAUGUCCCACAACUAGUUGUCAUUCUCGAAGGCGUUACAUACCAGCAGAGCCAUGAUCUCAAGGACGCCCUUUCACAGGCAGGCCAUCCUGCUGCGUUCCGCGUCUCAGACGCCCCCUCGGCUGCCGCCAACAAGAAUCUCAUGACGCUUUUCCGGCAGUUGGGAUCCGCUCCUUCCCAGCCUUGCGACCUGGCCCACGCCCUCAACCCUGCCAAUGAGGAAUGCUGGAGUGGUAUUUCCUCGGUGGUCAACUAUGACCUACAAAAAGCUUCCUCCACCUACUCGGCCCUUCUCGCCUCCCUUCCUCAGAUCAACAAGCUGGUGGCCGCUUCCGAUCUCGAGGUGACCCUCCUAGUUCUCCCCGAUUCUACCCGUUCCUCCAAGAUCAACUCGUGGUCCACCCUUGCCGGCAACCCCACCAACAACCGCCGUCGUGACUCUGGAGAAAGGGUCAUCACCGACAGCACCGUUGUUUGGCCGGCUCCUUCCACCCCGACCCGUUCCGCAAAGGUCAACAUCCAGAAGAAGGCCAUCCCUGCCUGCUUCCUUUCUUUGGACGCCUGUAAGGAGGCCACCAAUGACUGCUCUGGCCACGGGACAUGUGUCAAUAAGUUUGGCACCGGCAACGCCACCUCGUCUGAUGCCAGGGCAUGCUUUGCCUGCAAGUGCAUGGCCACCGUCGUCCGCCGCGGCGACGAACCUGGCACCUCGGGCAAGAAGACUGUCCACUGGGGCGGCAACAUGUGCCAGAAGAAGGACGUCAGCGUGCCAUUCUGGUUGAUCACUGGUUUCACCGUUACCAUUGUUGGUGCCGUUACUUUUGUCAUUGGCCUGCUGUUUAGCGUCGGUCAGGAACAGCUGCCGGGUGUCAUUGGUGCUGGUGUGAGCAGGGGGGCGUCCAAAUAA